UGUCAUCGAUGACGGAUUCGUCAAAGUGUCAGCCGAGCAGUCAUUUUAAUUUUCUUCGUGUUUUCUCUCUGUGGGUCAUAUGACAUCAAGGAAUCAAGUGACUGUCUGACUGUGUAUUCUGCAAGGAAAAACUCGGAAAACUCCCCCACCAGUUAACGCCAGACAAGAUGCGCUACACUCUCGGUUACACCUUCACGGGCGCCGUUGUCUCGGUGUCAACAGUGCUGAUCCUGUAUCAUGUCCUCACGGGUAAGGGCGAACGCGUCAGCGUCGGAUGGUUCCUGGAGGAGACAUCGCCCUACAUGUGGGCCACCCUGGGCAUCGGGUUUGCCGUGGCCCUGUCCGUCGUUGGAGCCGCCAUGGGUAUUCACACGACCGGAGUCAGUAUCGUCGGCGGCGGUGUCAAGGCCCCUAGGAUCAAGACCAAGAAUUUGAUCUCGGUUAUCUUCUGCGAGGCGGUCGCUAUUUACGGUCUGAUUACGGCUAUUGUAUUGUCUGGUAUGCUGGAAAGCUUCUCCUGGGGAACGAUUGUGGCUAACGAGAGCGUUCGGUACAAUAACUGGUUCUCCGGUUAUGUAAUGUUCGGUGCCGGAUUAGCGGUCGGUCUGGUAAACCUGUUUUGCGGUAUUGCCGUUGGCAUUGUCGGAUCCGGCGCUGCUCUGGCGGAUGCUGCCAACUCAGCCUUGUUCGUUAAGAUCCUGAUUGUGGAGAUCUUUGGAUCGGCUAUUGGCUUGUUCGGGCUGAUUGUUGGCAUCUAUAUGACCUCGAAGGUUAAGAUGGGAGACAAGGAGUAAAUUUAAAGCUUCUGGCUAAUUAAAAAAAGAAAGUAUUACUUGCAAACAACAACAAGCAGUUACAGUCACUUAUCCAAGUGAGAGAAGCACAGAUUAUUAAAGGGCCAUUCCAAAUCAACUUAAUAUCUCUGUAGUACAUACAAACCCUUUAUCAACCGUAAGUCGAUGUUUUAUGUUUUUCUCAUCAAACGCCCUAAAAAAACAACUUCGAUUUAAAGAAGCUGUUUUUUCAUCACUGUACUAAGGAGCGCUCUGAUUGUAAAUUGGUAAAUAUUGUUAUUUUUAACUUUUAUUUUGUUAUAGUGAAUAAUGCCUUCAUAAUCGGACAACACUGCCCGAGUAUCGAAGCAUAACAAAUAAUUUAAGGAUAUACUAUAUCACUAAUCCUGGUAUUCAGCUACCCACGUUCGGUAAUCAUGGCUUUGUCAAAUGUUAAAACUAAUUAAUCACUAUGCUAUAAUGCUUUGGAGGGCAGAUCAAAUUAGCUUUUAUUCUGAAAAGAUGAAUGUUAAGGUGGUAAUAGAUUAAGCCUUUUCAUUAUCGAACGCGGAAAGCUGAAUAGGUGCUGAGACAGAACGAAACGUAAAUCUUGUAUGUAACGAACGCGAAACUUAAGAUCCUUCAUUCGAAAUAUAUGUAGUUCCAGCAGCCACCCAACCA